GAACCUGAUAACAACUGUCAACGUCGGUCGACGUCAUUCUUGCAAUUUGACUUUUCUUAAUCUUAUCGUGUUAUCAGUGUUAUUGAUUUUUAUUUGUUUAUUUUAAUUUAUUGGACUAAUUUGAAUAGGCUAUAGAUAGAACACCAAGAAGUUGUUAUCUAUUGAAGAUAAAACCUGAUUCCCUAAGAUGACAAGAACCCGCAGUGCCUGUGAUUCAACCAUUGGCAGUAAGGAUGUGGUCAUCAGCGAACAUGAAUCCUGUGUGAUAGAUGGCUUUGUAUUUUUUUCGUUUGCGACGGCCGAUGAUCAACUAGCAUUUUCACGAUUAUCAACGAGUGAACUGCGCGAGGUUCCUGUACUCAUUCAUCCAGUUGCCCCAAAUAUUGCUGAAACUAAAGAUGUACUCUUCAUCGACUGCGGCACUUCCGAUCUGAAAGGAAAUACAGAUAAGACUCAUCGCGAGAGAAAAACUUGCUCUUUAUGCGGGGAGGCAUUCGCGUUUGAAUUUUCUCUCGAAUUUCAUCUUCGUUACAUUAUCCCGAAAAAUUCAAAAAAACUUUACUGUGAAUUUUGCCCCCAUAUCUCUUUAAGCGGUGAAACUAUGCGAAUGCAUAACCAACAUGUUCACGGCAAAAAAAUCUUCGACCGGUAUAAAGGCGAAGAUUUUUUAAAAGAACUGUGUGGUGGAACAGUUCCAACCUGUAAGCCAUUGUGGUGGAACAGUUCCAACCUGUAAGCUAACCAUGUUUUUGAACCAAUUCUAUCUUUUCUUCGUGUGACAAUUUGAAAUCUCUUUUUAAAAUCAUGAAAACGCAAACGCAAUUAUUCGUUGCCCAUUGGGUUAUUGUGUUCAUUAAUUAUUUUACUUUUGUUCUAGAAUUCAAAAUAAACUAUCAUUUCAGUUUAAA